CACCGUAGCUAACACAGGUUCAUGAGACAUUUCGGAAUUUAUUUGUGUUUAACUUGGAAAGAAGCACAUCGGCCGUGGCCUAAACUCACCAUAUCGUACACUUCCUAAAUUGGAGCGGUUAUAUUUUAGCUUGCUAAGCUAGCGUAGCUUGGGCUAGCUCACGUUAGCGGCUCCCUCUGCCGCUGUCAUGAUCAACGUCAGCGCAGAGAGGAGGACAGAUAUGAUCGUUACUGCUUGACGGUCUUCUCCAACCAGCGUUCGCUUACUCCACAAGGAGGUCGCACGGAGGCGCGCCGCCACGAUGAGGAGGCUGACCAAGAAGAAAGCUCUGACUCUGGUCAAGGAGUUGGACGCUUUCCCCAAAGUUCCCGAGAGCUACGUGGAGUCGACGGCCAGCGGCGGGACAGUGUCGCUGAUUGCGUUCACGCUCAUGGCCGUGCUCGCCUUCCUGGAGUUCUUCGUGUAUAGGAACACAUGGAUGAGAUACGAGUACGAGGUGGACAGAGACUUCACCAGUAAGCUGAGGAUAAACGUUGACAUCACCGUUGCCAUGAGAUGCCAGUACAUAGGUGCAGAUGUACUGGAUCUGGCAGAGACGAUGGUCGCAAGCGAUGGUUUAAAAUAUGAACCAGUUAACUUUGAACUCUCACCCCAUCAGAAGAUUUGGCACAUGACUCUCUUGCAUAUCCAGGAGCGCCUGAGGGUGGAGCAUUCUCUGCAAGAUGUGCUCUUCAAGUCUGCAAUAAAAGGAGCUCCCCCUGUCAUACCCCACAGUGAGGACAAUUCAGCUUCCUUCAGCGCCUGCAGGAUCCACGGGCAUCUGUAUGUCAACAAGGUGGCAGGAAAUUUCCACAUCACUGUUGGCAAGUCUAUCCCACAUCCCAGAGGCCAUGCACAUCUAGCCGCGCUUGUCAGCCACGACUCGUAUAACUUCUCGCACCGGAUCGACCACCUGUCUUUUGGAGAAAUGAUUCCUGGAAUUAUCAACCCCCUGGAUGGCACAGAGAAAGUUUCUGUUGACUCUAAUCACAUGUUUCAGUACUUCCUCACCAUUGUGCCAACCAAACUAAACACCUACAAGGUUCUGGCAGACACACAUCAGUACUCGGUCACUGAGCGGGAGCGGGUAAUAAACCAUGCUGCAGGCAGCCAUGGAGUCUCUGGGAUCUUCAUGAAGUACGAUAUCAGUUCACUAAUGGUCAAAGUCACCGAGCAGCACAUGCCUCUUUGGCAAUUCCUCGUUAGACUCUGUGGCAUCAUUGGAGGCAUUUUCUCUACCACAGGCAUGCUCCACGGUAUGGUAGGAUUUGCAGUUGAUAUCGUUUGCUGUCGAUUCCAAAUGGGAAUUUACAAGCCUCUUAAGGAGGCUCCAGUCAACGGGCAGGAAAGCAGUGCAACCACCAUUCCUACAGAUAGUCACCCCCAGUGAUAACGGCUGACGUCUCACCCACCAGACGGCAAUGAGAUGCUGGGAACAUGUUUACAAAUUGUUUUAUUACCCUCUCUUCUCAGAAAUCUGUAAAUAAUUUAAAAAACUUAAUUUGGUGGAUAUGAAUUUAGGAUGUUAUUGUUUGGUACUAGAAACUAUACCAUCAUUAAAUCAUCUGCCACUUUGGGGAAAACCUCAUUAGGACUGAUACGGAGAAAUGAUGUAAGUCACUACUGUUUGUGUCCAUUUAUGUAGCUGAGCUUGAAGAACUCCCAGUUUAAAGAUCUGCUACAAUAGAGCAGAAACUUGUGUGGAGCUUUAAACGUUAAUGUCAAAAGACUGGAAGGGUUUGAAAUUGUUUGACAAGUGCCUGUGUGUACAUAAGUGUUUAAAUUAAAAUUCACUUGAUUGAA